AUUGGGUAUGGCGGUGAUAAGGAUGCUGGUUUGGGGUAUGGCAGUGAUCAGAAUGCUGGUAUGAGGUAUGGCGGUGAUCAGGGUGCUGGUAUGGGAUAUGGCAGUGAUCAGGGUGCUGGUAUGGGGUAUGGCGGUGAUCAGGAUGCUGGUAUGGGGUAUGGCAGUGAUCAGGGCACUGUUAUAUUGGUGGUGAUCAGGGUGUUGGUAUGGGGUAUGGCAGUGAUCAGGGCAUUGGUUUGGUGGAGAUCAGAACAUUGGUGUGGGGUAUGGUGGUGAUCAGUACAUUGGUAUGG